ACGGAAUACCUACAAGACAGGCAAUCUAAGCUCCGCUAAUACACAUCUCGGACCAAGCCAUGUACUCAGGCGGAGCCAGGCGCUACACAGGUCGAAGCAGUUCGUACUCCAGAGCGCAAGAGUUUUGGAGUGAGAUAUCAGAUUUGUGUGCCCUCCCUGCAACAGUCUUGCUUAUACCUCUUCGGCUGUUCCUCCUCCAGCUCCAGAUACAAAUGAGGAUUGGAUUUAUUUUGGUGACAAAUAGAAACCCAAUUGCACGGGAUCUAGAGUGGCUACAGGAGGAGGAGACAGUCAGAGUGCUGGAAACUGGACUGUUGUGGGGAAGGUAUACAAGGAUGUUCCCAGAAAGAUUAGGGCGGACACUACCAGGCCACCUUUUCCGACCUUUGUUUGGUAGUGUUGUGCCCAACCCUUGCUGCAAACCCAGAAGUAAGGGCCACUAUUGACUUAAGCAAUGGUAAGUCUAGUACAUUUAAAAAACAUUCUUGAAUUCAGAAUAUCUAUUAAACCCUGUCGAUUUUCUGAGCUCGAUGGAUAACGUGGAUAUCGUAGAACGGUCACGAAGUGAAAGUAGUGAGGGUUGGCUUAAAUAUAUAACUCAUGUACAUUUUUACUU